CGACACUCAGCCCAUGAGGCAGGGCCUUGCUUUGUGAUUGGUCCACACUCUGAUAAGUUCCACACCUGUCCCUGUUGGCGAGGCUCAGCUUAUGAAACAGCAUGGCAACUGCAGGGAAGGUGAUCCGGUGCAGAGCUGCAGUAGCAUGGGAGGCUGGGAAACCUCUCGUGAUGGAGGAGGUGGAGGUGGCGCCUCCUAAAGCAGGGGAGGUUCGGCUCAAGGUUGUGGCCACAGGGAUCUGCCACACUGACUCCUACACCCUGAGUGGCUCGGACCCUGAGGGAGUUUUCCCCGUGGUGCUGGGCCACGAGGGAGCUGGUAUCGUGGAGAGUGUCGGAGAUGGAGUCGUCAAGUUUCAACCAGGGGACACAGUCAUACCGUUAUACGUCCCACAAUGUGGAGAGUGCAAGUUCUGCAAAAAUCCCAAAACCAACUUGUGCCAAAAGAUCAGGCUCACUCAGGGCAAAGGCUUGAUGCCAGAUGGGACGACUCGUUUCUCCUGCAAAGGCAAGAGCCUCUUCCACUUCAUGGGCUGCAGCACGUUCUCUGAGUACACUGUGGUGGCCGAGAUCUCUCUGGCCAAAGUGGACCGCAGGGCCCCGCUGGACAAGGUUUGUCUGCUGGGCUGUGGCAUCACCACCGGAUAUGGAGCUGCUUUAAACACGGCCAAGGUGGAGGCUGGGUCGACCUGUGCAGUGUUUGGACUGGGGGCACUGGGCCUCGCAGCCAUAAUGGGUUGUAAAGCAGCCGGGGCCGCUCGGAUUAUUGGCGUCGAUCUAAACCCUGACAAGUUCCCCACUGCUCAAGAGUUUGGGGCCACGGACGUGGUGAACCCGAAGGAGCACAGCAAGCCAAUCCAAGAGGUGCUGGUGGAGAUGACGGACGGAGGCGUGGACUACUCCUUCGAAUGUGUGGGCAAUGUGGCAAUCAUGAGAGCAGCUCUGGAGGCCUGCCAUAAAGGAUGGGGCACAAGCAUAAUCAUCGGAGUGGCAGCUGCCGGCCAGGAGAUCUCCACCCGACCCUUUCAGCUGGUGACUGGACGCACCUGGAAAGGCACUGCCUUCGGAGGAUACAAGAGUGUGGACAGUGUUCCCAAACUGGUGGACGAGUACAUGAACAAGAAGCUGAAAGUGGAUGAAUUUGUUACUCACACUUUGCCCUUUGAGAAGAUCGCUGAUGGUUUCGAUCUCAUGCAUGCUGGGAAAUGCAUCCGUGUGGUCCUCCAGUUCUAGAUGCAGAGGAGCACUGAAAACAUAAUGGAGGUCCAUGUUGUGCUGAGUCAAAUAAAUAAUCUCUAAGUU